ACCCUCAGAUCUCAUGACUGGAUGAGAUGCUUUCUAUUAGAACCUCAUCACUGACAAAUUGUCCCCAAUAGGAUCAUGUGAUUGAGCUAAAAUUAAAACGCAAUUAAGAAAUCAAAGGCUGACAGUGGAUGUAAGUAUGUGCACGGCAUGGCUGUAGUUCCAGACUCAGCGUAGCCAGCAUGGGACAGCUGCAGCCAAACACUUUGGUGGGAAGGCAUGAGGAGUAAGGAGCAGCACUCAGCAAUGAACCAUGGAAUCACAGGAUGGUUGGAGUCAGAAGGGACCCUAAAGGCCAUUUGGUGCCAGCCCUGCAUUAAGCAGGGACACCCGCAGCUCCAUCAGUGCUCACAGCCCAUCCCUGACCUUGGUUGGCUGCAGGGAUGGGGCACCAGCUCCCAUAUGGAUUAGCAUCACGGGGUUAGGAGGGGCAGGUAUCAGUGACAGCAAACCUUCCCCCCCCGCAGCCCCUCAGCCCUUUCAGUGCAUUUCCUGGCUGUUGUGAUGUUAACCGUGCCAACUCCACCCCCAGCUCACAGCAGCACUGUGUGGGUGCAGCAGGGUGCCUGCGGGCCCCACACACAGUGUGGCAGGACCAGGGGCAGCCCCACCUGCACACACCCGGACCCCUCCCAACAGCACACCAGGAUCAUGAACGGAUCAAAGCAGCAAUUCUGUGUUUCCACCUCAGCCUGGUGUGCAGUUUGAGGUUGGGGGUGAUCCCGGGUGCUGGAGUGUGGCAGUGGCCUGGUGCCAUGCUGAGGCCCAGUGCCAUGAGUGGGCUGCAUGAGGAAUCCCUUCUGUAGCGUUUUUUGCAUUCUGAAGCCUCAGCAAGCCAUCUUAUUUCACUUUUAUAGUUGAAAUGAGACUUUCCAGCUGUGAAGAAUCCUUAGCAAACGUACACCGUAAAUGGCGAUGGGGAAAGCUGUGAUCCAACUGCGGGGUUUGACCAUUCCUAUUGGAAUCCAAAGCAGAGCAAAGGAUAUCAAAGCCAUUUUUUUUGUCAACAAUUGCAUUCGGGUUUGGCACUCAGAAAGAUAAGAAUGAGCGGUUCCCACAUUAGUAAAACAGGGAAGAGCUUAAGGAGUCGGCAAGGAUUGGUGUCCAAAGCACAGCGGGGCCUUUCACAGCAUGCAAAUAUAUCACUGCUCCAGAUCAAAAGGAGCGAAGUGAGUCAGCUUCUAUCGCUUCUAUGGGCUCUCACGGUGCCCCUGGUGCCUCCAGGCCUGUCCCCUCCCUCCCCCCGAAGGGUUGUGCAUGGGGCUGUGCAGCUGCAGGGAGAGCAGCACUGACCAAUGCAUGUCCAGAGGAGCAGGAGGGCAGCCCAGAGCUGUGAUGGAGCUCAGGGUGUCAGUGUUAAAUAACACCACUCACGGCAGUUGAGGGGGGCAGGACUCGUUCCAGCACUAUUAAUAUAGCCCCUAUUUAUAUUCCUGGGUUCCUGCAAACGCCACAGCAGAGCUACAGCUGCAGAGCUAAAAUGGAAUAAAUGUCAGCCCCCGGGGAGAACGUGAUCCUUUCAGCCAUCGCGAGGGAAAGCAGGCAGCGAAAGGACAGAAUAAGGGACAGUAUUCAGAGCUGGGAACUGAUUGCAGCACCCCGAGAGAGCAGCCGGUGGGCAGAGCCAGCACUGACCUCCCUGCAGCAGCACUCGGUGCCAGAGACGCACACUCAGCGUCAGCACAGCACCUACGGAUACCGGCAGAGACAGGCAGGGAUUGGAGCUGCUGUCUGCAGAUCCGGAGCCAGGGCUGGAAAGAUGAUGGAGAGCACAGGAGGGCCGUAUCUGAACACCGCGGCUGUGACAUCCCCGGUGGGAAUAGUUCGUUUGCUGCAGAUGAUGUUUGGAUGCACCACGUUCAGCCUGGUGGCCCAUCAGGGGGGAUUCAGCGCAGCCUACGGCACCUUCUGCAUGUUUGUCUGGACCUUCUGCUUUGCUGUCACAGUCUUUAUCACUACCUGCGAGUUCACGCACCUGCACAGCUGUCUGAGCAUCUCCUGGGGGAACUUCACAGCGGCGUUCGCCAUGCUGGCCACGCUCAUGUCGGUCACGGCAGCAGUGAUCUACCCGCUGUACUUUGUGCAGCUCGGCUGCUACCCCAUCACCUGCGAGGUGAGAGACUUCCGCAUAGCGGCCAGUGUUUUCGCCGGCCUCGUGUUCAUUGUGUACGGCGUGGAGGUGUUCUUGACCAGAGCCAAACCAGGACAGGUCACCAGCUACAUGGCCACCGUCUCUGGGCUCCUGAAGAUCGUACAGGCCUUUGUGGCUUGCAUCAUCUUUGGGGCGCUGGUGAAUGACAGCCAGUAUAGCAAAUACGUGGCCACGCAGUGGUGUGUGGCCGUCUACAGCUUCUGCUUUAUGGUCACGGUGGUGGUGGUCGCCUUCAGUGUCACAGGUAAGACCGCCCAGCUGUGCUUCCCCUUUGAGCGCUCUGUGGUUGUCUACACGUUCGGGGCUGUCCUGCUGUACGUGAGCGCGGCCGUCAUCUGGCCGGUGUUCUGCUUUGACAGCAAGUACGGCUCCCCGCAGCGCCCCAGCGCCUGUGCCAAGGGCAGGUGUCCAUGGGACAGCCAGCUGGUGGUGGCCAUCUUCACCUACAUCAACCUGCUGCUCUACGUGGUGGACCUGGCGUACUCCCAGCGCAUCCGUUUCGUAUCCCACAUCUGAGGCCCGGCUCCAGCAGCAGCAGCAGGAGAUGGGAUGCAUCGAGGACAGGCACAGACUGGGCCAGGAACCAGAGCCCAUGGCCAGGGCUGAGUGGGCCCACAGUCACAGCCCACAGCGGAUCAGCUGCCCACCCCCAUCAGUCGGCAUCUGCUUCAGCCACCUGGUGCCAGGGUGAAGAAAUCCUGCAGUCCAAAGCAUGCGAAAUGGCCUCUCAUCUCCAGAAGGCAAAACUAAAAUGCUUGCUGCAAUAGUGGGUCUGUGAGCUGCUGGAAAUGCUGAGCCAAAUAUUAGGAAAGACACCAAAGAUUUUGAAACUGUUACCAACACUUAACUAUAAUCAAGUGACUACCCAGGAAGUGGGAAAGUUAAAAGCUGCAUCAAGGAACAGCAGUUCCAGAGAUGAAAAACAAUGUUGGGAGUUUGGGUUAGUCUGGGCUGUGUGGUGAGACAUGAAAUACUUGCAAAUGUGGGAAAUUCCAGUCGGGAUGUUUCUGAGAAGAACAUCAUAGCUGUGAUAUUAUUGUGAUGGUUUCCUUUCCCUCCGCUCCCCUGUUUAGCACAGCAAAGGAAUAACCCAAGAAUGCACCUUGAGGGGGAGCACGGGGUGUCCUAUUUAACACCAAGCCUUUAUAGGAACGAAUGUUUGUGUAACUGGAGUUCUAUUGCCAAGAAAUGGUGCAGAAUGGAUCCAAACUGCAAAGAAACUGCAGUCAGACAUCCUUGCUUGGACAAAGCAGAGGGUCUUGUUCUAUCUAACACCUGCGUUGUUCGUAGGCCAUUGCUUCUUCAUACUGAUUUUAUUUACUGAUAUUAUUUUCCUGGAAGCUUAAAGAUAAGUUUUGGGGUUGGAGGUGGGGAUGAAGGGAAUGCAAAGAUGAAUGGAUGUCACAGCCCUGCACAAUGAGCAAACCUAUAUGAAAAAGCCUUGCAUGUCAUGGUAACGAACAGGGAGUGCUGGCUGGGAGCAGAUCAGGUUGUGGGAUUCCUGAGCUCUCUGUGUCACAGCAGCUGUGCUCCCCGGGCCCAUCCCUGACAAAACACCCAUAAAAGUCCCACAUAGCACGGCUCAGAUUCCCAGCUUAGCUCAACAACUCCUCACUUACAGUCAGGCAGACACUAAAGCAGCCCGAGUUCUCAUGCAGGGCAGAUAGACUGGAUCCAAACCCAGAAGAAGCUGAUACUGACAGGAGUGAGAUUCAUUUCUUAAGCAAAUUAAAAUAAAGCUGAAUGGCAGCCUUGCAAUCUGCACCUACAGAGGUUUGCAUCCUUUCCCUUUGCUCACUGUGCAGCUGUUAUCUCGGCAAGCUGCAGCCCUUCUGCUUUCCAAUUCAUGUUGAUGCACAGCUCCUGCAUGGCCUGGGCUGCCAGCACUUUGGGAUGACCUUCUUUGUAGCAGAUUCAGGAUUAAAAGGAAGGAAAGAGACUUUUCA